AUGACAAUGUAUUACGAGCAUACAAGCCGUGACGAGGCGGCGCGUCCGCAAUACGCUUCAACAGCGAUUACUCCUGACAUAGCAUGCAGUUGGAAAUGUCGGCUGCACGGGACGCGGACGGUGCGCUGCGGCAAGAUCAUAGUGACGACUAUCCUCGGCUUUAAUGACGAUCAGCUGUUAAAUGUGGGAUCGAUAGCACGCGAGGGCGCGCGAUGGCGGGGGCUGCGGCGGCGUGGGGGGCGUAGGACGCAAGGUGCAAUGCCCUGCCGGUCCAGUGCAAUGACGCAACGCGGCGCGUCGCUGCACCGGCCGCCCGUCCACGAUUAUUUUGGGGCCCGCGACAUUCAACGCGCAAUACACAGCCGGCCGUCGACUGCACGUCUUUAUUGCCGGACUCUUUAUUGCCUCGCUGCCGCGUCCGCGGUGCCACAUCAGUUGCGCGUCGCUCUAUUUACGCGCAGCAGACGGGAAUGUCGGCUUAUU